GGGAAGGAGGUUGAGAGGGGGAUGAACAAGGAAGCUCUGGAGGAGGAGACUAAUCAAUUGACUUUUGCAAAAAAGUAAGCAUGGCCAUGUAACAGAUCACUGUGGAGUAUGGUACAUUACAGGUAUGAAUAAUGGAGAGGAAGAAGCAGAAAAGAGACAGAGGGAGGGAGCUGCUCUUUUGAUUGUUCCUGCUGAAUCACAGUGGCUUUAAGGGAUGAAGAGGAGGGAACAGGAGGAGAAGGACGCCAGCAUUCCUUCUGAACACAAUUGCUAGAAGCCCUGCAGAACUUCCAGCUUUCGGGACUAAAAACACUGCCAGGGUUACAGCCACUCCUUGGUUCAUUCCUCUCCUGGGAAACAGUGCUCUGCUCUCCCCAUUUAUCCACUGACUGACGUAGAGCUGAAGAGUGCACAUCAAAAGCCACAAUGACAGAAACUACAAUUAAAAAACAGGGAUUUAAAAAAUGUCGGAGUGCCACUUUCAGCAUUGAUGGCUUCAGCUUCACUAUCGUUGCCAAUGAGGCAGGGGAGAGCCACUGCCAUCCACUGACCCGCUUUGCACGCUCACGGUCCCAGAAUGCACUAUGCACCACAGUUACAGCCUGUGCUGACAACACUGACCACAAAGGAAUUCUGACUGACCCACGUAGCACAGAGGAAAUCCUGGCUGAUGAGCUACCAAUCCCUGAUGAACCUGAUGCCAUGGAGAAGGCUGCUAUCAGGUUGCGAUGUCUUGUAAAGCAGCUGGAGAUGGGGCAGGCAUCUGUGAUGGACCUGAAGAAAAACUUGGAGUAUGCUGCCUCAGUCCUUGAAUCUCUAUACAUUGAGGAAACCAGGCAAGAAGUUUUCAGCUCAGUUCAAUUGUGACCACUCAACGUAUGUUGUCAUUACAUUUGACUUUUGGGCAGUGUUGGAUUCUUGAAGUAUUCAAAACCUUCAGGGCAAGAAAAAGUUAUGCUGUGUGAUACCAAAAGUUCACAUUUCUUUGGCAAAGACGUGUGAGUUUUAAAAAGCUGAGGAUCGGUCAUUACAUUUUGACUUUUGAGCAGUGGUGGAAGAAGUGUUCAGACCCUUCAUGA